AUCUUGAUACAUACGGGCACCUUGGAAACAAUGGCUGACCUGGUGGCAUUGUGGGAAGUAGCUCUGAGUGAUGGUGUUCACAAAAUAGAAUUUGAACAUGGCACCACCUCAGGAAAGAGAGUGGUGAAUGUCGACGGAAAGGAAAUCGUAAGAAGGGACUGGAUGUUCAAGCUUGUUGGGAAGGAAACCUUCACAGUCGGGGCAACUAAAACAAAAGCAACAAUCAACAUUGAUGCGAUUAGUGGGUUUGCAUAUGAAUACACAUUGGAGAUCAAUGGGAAAAGCUUGAAGAAGUAUAUGGAGAACAGGUCUAAGACUACAAAUACAUGGCUGUUAAAUCUAGAUGGAGUGGAUUCUCGGAUUGUGCUGGAAAGAUACUAUAUGGAUGUUUGGUGCAAUGGGAAGAAGAUGGAGACAGCAGGAGAAUUUGUUGAAGAUGGUACUGAGACCCACUUUACUAUUGGUAAUCAUGGCUGCUGUAUCAAAGCUGUUAGCAGUGGGAAACGAAGAGAAGGAAUCAUCCACACUCUUAUUAUGGAUGACCACGAAAUCCCAGAAAUUGUUGAGUAACUUCCUGAAUGGCAGCUGUGCAAAGGAACAAACAUUUUUAAAUAUAUUGGUAUAUCAGUUGUCAUAAUAUCAAACAUGUGAUGGUAAUGAAAGAAUACAAUUUCUGUUCAGUUAAGAACAUUCAUGUUUCGGUACAUAAUCACACAAUAGGAAGUGAAUAGUUGAUUUCAAGCUACUUUUGCUUUCAAAACAUUUAAAACGAGCAUUGGUAUUGUUGUUCCUGUCAUGAGAAGUGAACAAGAUCCGUAUACUUCUAGUGUAGAUGCAAGAAUAAAAAGCCACAGGUACAAAUUAUGAAUUCAAAAACUAUGCACAUUUGCCUAGAAAUUGGAUUUCACAUUUAGCUGUGCUAAACCAUCACUAUGCUGGGGUUUGUUUGGGUCCCCCUAUACAUAGAAAAUACUGAAAUUAGCAUAGUGACUUUUUAGCUUAGUGCUAUACCCAGGAGCACGCACUAAAACAGGACAAGUACAAUUUCCAGUGAGACUAAUCCGUUGAAUACAGUUUCUGACACACCAAUCUGAGUUAGGCCUUGAUCCUUAUGGCUGCCAAAUAGCAACAGCAUAAAAUAUGGCUGCAUGGGAGAUGGAUUGAAUGCUUAUAUUUGAAAGCACCCUGGACUUCUCUUCAGUGAGAUAAACAGCAGGUGAGAUCCUAUGUGGCAAGGGGCAGGAGAACUGUCUGAGCCAACAUAAGAAGAGCCAACAGGAUUACUAAUAAUCUUCUCCGGAUGUAAGAGACUACAUAAAAUGGAGCAGCACGCAAAUAGAUUUGUUGUUCUCAGAAAAAAACACCAGGAUGAACUACAAUCCACUGUAAACAGUUGUAGCAGCAUAUACUUACUCGAAUCGGGGAUUCAGUUAUUGAUGAAAGAGAAAAGAGUUAAGUUUCAGGUUUAAUUGAUCAAAUGGUCUUUGAACUGAAAUGUUUAGUGUUGCUUUUCCACAGUUGCUCUAUGACCUCCUAAAUGUUUCCAGCAUUUUCUAAUUUGUUUCAAGCCUCCAGCUUCUACAGUUUCUAUUUUAUUUAUAUAUAUUGAUGUCUUAUAAUCAGUGAAGAUGUAACUGCAGGACUGCAAGUGAGGGAUUAUUGCGUGUGAUUUGGACUCGCCAAUCUGAUUGUUGGUGUACCAUGCUGCAAUCCAUUGAAAUGUGGAGAGGGUCAUCUGAUCUGUCCUGAGGAACAAGCUCCUUGCAAGAACGACGUCCAUCCUAUACAGAUAAAUGCUUGUUUUCUUUGCCUAGUUAGGAGAUAAAGCUGUAUUUAAUGAGACAUCUCCCCGCAGUCACACACUUCCUCUCCUGCUACUGCCACUCUUCAGAUUCUGCCUCUGGUUCCAGUUUCUUGCAACUUAUUCUCCAGCAGUGGCUGUUGUCUUUGGUUAGCUGGGUUAUGCAGACAUGCCACAUGUUGCUGGAUGGCUCUGUACCAAUGCAGGCAAAAUAAUAUCAUGUUUAGGGACUUAUCACAAUGAUUCUGUUACUUGCAUAUCACUGUAUGGCUCAAUGCUUUAGCAUGUUAUAAUGAUGACUCCUGUAAUGGAACUGAGUUGAUGACUCCUGUAAUGGAACUGAGCCCAUUGAAUUGAGUUUUCCAGCAGCAAAGUACUGCAGUUGUAGAAAUGUUAGUUGUAGAACACUUUGUGCAUAUGGCAAGGUGCUUGAGCACCCGCAGUCAGUUCUAAACCUACCAAGUCAGGUCAAUUCCUGAUGCUAGUAGAAUGUAUCUAAACAAAGAGCAUCAAACUAGGUGAUGUGCUGAGACGGUUCCUUGUAGUUUGCACUUCCUACUCCUUUUAUCUUGCUAUGGAUGGAAAUGGGUUUGUGUAGAUGGUGAAUAUUGUUCUGAAUCUGGCACUGGAAAAAAGGUCAGAUGAGCAUAUAUGACUAAUGCAUGUAAAUGGCAGAUUCAACUUCCUGAUAGGAAAUAAUCUCAAGUGUGAUCUACUCUGGGCUGUUGGCCGUGAUUUGUAUCUAAAAACAGGUACCGACCAAUACACUUUGUAUGCUGUCAUGUUUUUAUUUUAACAUUUCUAAUUUUAUUGGUUUUUAAUCCUUUUGCUGCAUGAAUGUUCACUACAUUGUGUCGGUAGCUACCAUUCCACACUUAUCCAAUUAAAAAUUAUGAAACCAAAUACAAUAUUAUUAAUUUUCUACAUUGCACUCUACAUUUCACAUGGAUAAAAAUCACAGAAACAUAAAAUUAUAUUAGCUAAUAUUUCUUGCUUAAGUUGUGUUUUAAUUGUAAUGACUAUUAACAUGCCAUAAACAUAAUGCAAGAUUUUUUUUACGCAGACUAAAUGGCAUUUACAGAUUUGAGUUUAUACAUGUCCAAGAUCAAAUCAAAUGUUUUCAUUGGUACAUCAUUGGGGAAGGCCAAAUUUGGUCUCUCCAAAGGAAUUUUAUGAAUAUUUAAUUUUUUUAGGUUAGAUUCAGCUUUUCAUUUUACACUGAGCAAUAUGGACCCAGGCAUAUUACAUUGCUACAGAGAUUUUUAUGGAACACUUUGAAAUAAUUUCUUUUUGUAUUGAUUUUAUUUAAUACAAAUAAAAAUAUUGCAUUGUAGUUGACUAUGAUUUUAUCUCAACAUUAAAACAGAAUUCAUCUGA